GCGGCCGCUGAUUGGCUACUGAAGGAUUGGUCCCAUCCCAGUGACCCCAAAGUGCUGGAGGGAGGGGGCGGGGGUGGCCCAGUGCAAAGUGCAUCCCGAAAGCCCCCUGUCCGGAGACCCGGCUGCUGGCACUUCGGACUCUGUACGACCUAGGACCUCGCUGUCCCUAGACCUCCUGAGUCCCUCCGUAGCUGGAAGCCUCUGGCCCGGAGCGCGACAGCCCCCCUGCUCCGAGCCCCUGGACCGGGGCUGUCCCCCCCAAUCCCCGAACCGGGACUUCCUCCCUGCACCCCUGUCCCGAAGCUGCCCGGAGGCCAGGACAGCCACCCCUACCCUACUCGGCUAUCUGGAUGCUCUCCGGGCUAGGGCCGUGAGGCACCCAGGAGAAUCGGGAACACCCGUGUCCGGCCCUGCCUGGGGUGUUUCUUCAAUGGAGAAGUUGGUGAGUGUGGAGGAGGCUGAAAGAAGGAAGAGAAGCAGCAGCUGAGGAAACAGGUGUGAACUGACCCCGGAGGACACUCAAGAGCAGGAAGGAGGUCUGUCCACUCUCUAGAGAAGCAGCAGACAGAGUACCUCUGACCAGCAUCUUCCAUAAAGGUUAAGAAGGCUCUUUUGCUCUGCAACCUGGACACCCUCUGAACCCCUCCCCACAAUGCUGUAUGUGCACAAUGGUUAUUAGGCAAUCCAUACACCAGGAGAAGGGACACUCUUCUGUAAGGCUGAUCCCUGUGACCUAAUGAAUCCUUUGUAAAAAGUGGACUCGCUAGGAUGUUACACCACCAUUGUCGAAGGAACCCUGAACUUCAGGAAGAAUUGCAGAUUCAGGCUGCAGUGGCCGCUGGGGAUGUUCACACAGUGCGGAAGAUGUUAGAACAAGGCUAUUCUCCAAAUGGCCGAGAUGCUAAUGGCUGGACCCUGCUUCAUUUCUCUGCAGCAAGAGGAAAGGAAAGAUGUGUUCGAGUAUUUCUAGAACACGGAGCUGAUCCCACGGUUAAAGACUUAAUUGGAGGCUUCACUGCUCUUCAUUACGCAGCCAUGCAUGGCCGGGCCCGGAUUGCACGCUUGAUGUUAGAAUCGGAAUACAGGAGUGACAUUAUUAAUGCAAAAAGCAAUGAUGGUUGGACUCCCCUCCAUGUGGCCGCUCACUAUGGUAGGGACUCAUUUGUCCGACUCCUUCUGGAGUUCAAGGCUGAGGUUGACCCACUCAGUGAUAAAGGUACAACACCGCUUCAGCUCGCCAUCAUCCGUGAGAGGUCAAGCUGUGUAAAAAUCCUCCUGGACCACAAUGCCAACAUCGACAUUCAGAAUGGAUUCCUGUUGCGAUAUGCUGUGAUCAAAAGUAAUCACUCUUAUUGCCGAAUGUUCCUUCAGAGAGGGGCAGACACAAACUUGGGGCGUUUAGAAGAUGGACAGACUCCUUUACACUUGUCUGCCCUUCGGGAUGAUGUGCUGUGUGCACGGAUGUUAUAUAACUAUGGAGCGGACACAAACACAAGGAACUAUGAAGGUCAGACCCCACUGGCUGUUUCAAUAAGUAUUUCGGGAAGUAGUCGACCGUGUUUGGAUUUCUUACAAGAAGUCACAAGACAGCCCCGAAACUUGCAGGACCUGUGCCGAAUUAAAAUUCGACAAUGUAUAGGCCUUCAAAACCUAAAGCUACUUGAUGAACUACCAAUUGCCAAGGUCAUGAAAGACUACUUAAAACACAAAUUUGAUGAUAUCUGAUAUAUCAGAACUGUGAGCAAGAUUAGGAGUUAUAUUCCAGAUACUUAAAAGGCUUUUUGCCUUGCACAAAGUAUAUCCUAUGCAAUUUCUGAUUUUCUGUGAAGUCAGAAAGCAGGUAUACACUUUUAGGUUUUUUGUUUAUUUGGUUGGUUUUCAUUGUAGGGGAGGGAUUUUU